AUGCUUCGCGUCACUAAGAGGCCAAGUCCAUCUGGGGCUGGCGGUUACAACAUCUAUCUAUCUAUCUAUCUAUCUAUCUAUCUAUCUAUCUAUCUAUCUAUCUAUCUAUCUCACAUUGUUAUCUAUUGUUAUAUACCCCAUAAUCAUCAUCUCUCUCUCUCUCUCUCUCUCUCUCUCUCUCUCUCUCUCUCUCUGGACUCUUCUAACAACUCUUUGAAAUUAUGUCUUCCUUUUUUCCGCUUUUACACCAUAUACCUUUCUCUCUUUUUCUUCUUUCUUUUCCCCCCGUUAUUCAAUCAUGUACCUUUCUCUUUUUCUUAUUCCCUUUCUUUUUCCCUCUUUUCCACUAUAUACCUUUCUCUCUUUUUUCUUCUUUCUUUUUUCCCCGUAUUUCCAUCAUAUUUCCUGUUCUCCCUCUUUUCUUAUUUUUCUGUCUUUUCUUCUCUUUUUUCCCCGUUUUCCAUCAUAAACGUUUCUCUCUUUUUUAUUUUUUCUUUUUUCUCUCUUUUUCCAUCAUGUAACGUUCUCUUCUUUCUUUUUUCCCCGUCUUUUCCAUGUACCGUUUUCACUAUAUACCUUUUCUUUUUCACAUUUUUCUUCUUUCCCUUUUCCCCGUUAGUCUAUCAUAUACCUUUCUCUCUUUCUUAUUUUCUUUCUUUUUCCCUCUUCUUUGUCUUUCUGUCCCAGUUUCUACCCUUGUCCAUUCAAACGUUAAUUUUUUCCGAUUCUUCUCGUUUCCAAUGUUUUAGAUUUUCUUUGAUUCGUCCCUUAUUUCCCUGUCCUUUCAUGUCCUCUUCUUUUUCUUCUUCUCCCCUCUCCUCCUCCUCCUCUUCCUCCUUCUCUUGA